AUGGUCUUCCACCCUACGAGUCCAGUACGAGUCUUUGCAGAAAAGGAAGUCAUUUUCCAUCAGAUCCAUACAACGCCAAAAGGAAGCGCCAUUUCCGACGAGGACGAGAACAAUAUGUCUCCAGCGGAUAUGUCGGGGUCCGUGUCGUCGGCGUCAGGCUGGCGCGGUCGCCUUAUGCCACGAAGACAGAGUCAAGACAAAAAAGCUCGUCCUAAGGAGAUUAGCCGAUGGUCGAAGACCACCACAGAGUCAGAACUGUCUGAAGCCGAGUUAGAACCAGUCUCGAAGAGGAGGAGCUUCCUCAAGAAGAAACAAAAUCCGAGAAAGAAUUCCAAAGAGGUGGACAACAAUAGUCCAACAGAUCCCUUUUACGACCCUGUCAUGAAGCAGCUCCAACCCUAUGGAGGAGACACGCCUCCCAUCAUCACUGCCAGUCGACCAGACGACACAGAGGAUCCUCAAACAUUUCUUGAUGACGCUUCAGACGAUGGGACUUUGGACAGCCCGACGAGCCCUGUCAUCCAGCGAGCCAGCAGUGUCCGAGUAAGCAGGCCCCAGGUCAUUCGGCACAGUAACAGCUCUGCCGCAUCAGUGCCAAAGCUAUGUCCCCCACAGAACACUCCUUUUUCAGUCCACGACACGUCAUCGUUGUCGAAGCCUCCACAAACUCUAGGUGAAGACCUAGGCAACCGUCUAACGCCCGCUGUGGAGGGGGAUGAAAAAGACAACUCCCCAGGCGGACCGAUCGACGCCCUGAGAGCACUGGAAGGCAACGACACCAAUGGAACCGACGGCGACAUCACUGCCUUACCGCAGAUCCCCGGCCAAAGCAGCCUCGAGCCCCGCGACUCGUUGAGAGAAACCAUUGUCUCAUGGCCCGACACCCCAUCUCGACUCGAAGCGCUCGACACUAUGCCCACACCGAUGGGCGGGUUCGGGUCCAUGCGCAUCCCUCGCGCUUCGAACGGCACCUUUUCCACAGACAGCUCAGCCACGUAUGUGUCCCCCUCGUCCAUUAUAAUUGAUGGCCUGCGUUCCAACCCUCCAACCGAGACGGACAAGAAGCUCUCCCGUGCCAUUUCCGCCCCGGUGCGCAAUUCACGGCGCGUGAUGAUCCGUCCCGCCGACUUGGUAAUCAACAAAGCCGGCCACGAUCACAAGCUGUUCAGGGAGAACAUCGUCAGCACACCCUAUCCGGUCAGGAAAAGCAGCCAUGUGGAGAUUGAUGGUAUACUUGCCGCCUCUGCUUCGCAAUCUCCACAAAAGGAGGGAAACAAAGGCAAGCGGACGUCGAAGCUCAGGCGCUCGAGGCCGCUUUCCCAUACUGCUGAAAGAUCCGAACCGGACGACGAGACAGCUGAUAUUGCGGAUCCCCUCGACACAACUUCUACAGGCUCCCCGAAUGAGAAAGCGCCGAGAAUCCCUUUUUCUACUAAACCUACACCCCUACAAAGCGCGACAGUAGCCAACACUGCCCAGUCCGACCGAUUCCCCUCGCCCUCUGCGCCGGAGAUCCUCUUCAUCGAGCUCGGACUUGCUCGUCACCCCUGCACGCGCGUGGCAGUAGAGAUCGAGGUGACGGACAAAGCGACCUUCGACGACGAACAACUCUCCACCGCCAUGCGAGAUCACUACAUCAACAGACUCAUAGGAAAAGCACGAUUGUGGUUCUGCGCCAGAACGAUCGAGGACGCGAGCCUGGACUGGGGAAGAGACCUAGACGAUUCCACAACCUGGGGCUCUACCUCUCCUAGGACGUCCGGACUCUGGCACACCCACCACAACGCAGGAUUCGUCCACGGCGGUGGCGCGAACCGCGAAUUCGAUCCCGCCGACUUCGUUCGCCAUCUCCGCACACCGCGCCUUGGCCGCCGGCGGAAGGUGUGGCUCCUCUGGCUCCGCAGCGCACAACAGCACGAAUACACCGCUGGGACGGGAUCAUGUCGAGGGCGUCGAUCCUAUCUCCCCAAACCAGCGCCCAUCAGCCACGGUUUCAGUAAUAGUACUAGCACCAACCACAGCCCGCAGGACGAAAAGUCCACAAGCCCAGUCUUCUCGUUCACGCACUCGCGCCAGAACAGCGCGGCGAACCAGCCGCAGCCGCAGCCGCAGCAUCUCCACAUCCACCUCGACCAGCAGGCAGACAAGUCGCCGACGCAGGAAUACCGCGGCGUGGUGUCCAAGCAGCCGAGCCUCUCCAUCGGUCGUAUGCCGUUCACAUCACCCCCCACGAAUCCUCAACCACAAACCCCGUCGUUCCCGACGUCGUUCAACCGCUCGAGAACCCUAGCCAUGUCGUCUUCCUAUUUCCACGGCCCGCUCCUCCCACCAUCAAUCUCGCUACACCACAGAUUCUCCAUCCCGGCUGUCGCGCUCUUCACUUGCCUCGUGCUCUUCCUCGCCUUCGUCACCACCGUCCUCUGGAUCCUCUUCGGCUACCCCGGCAGCAGUGCCACGCAGGGCAACGGCGUGACGACCAUUUCGGGCCAGGACUUCGAUGUUCCCUGGCGGAGGGACGCCCAGGCGCGCGUAGGUGUCGGAUUGGUCAUGGGCGUGAUGGUCUUGCUUGUGGGUGCCGUGCUUGAGGGCGGGUGGAUCUGGGCGAGUCGGGUGCUUGUGUAG